GUCAUACAACUUUGGAGGGUCAGUGUAUAAAAAGCGCGUUUUGAUACAGAAGGUAACAAUUUGCAUCAAACCUGCAUAAUGAAGCUUCUUCUGAUAGGAUUGUUGGCGGUCAUGCUGGUCUGGGGCCCACAGACAAGAGCCUACAAAGACGGUUUAACCAAUGACGAAAUACUGGAAGCUGAAGCGCGGGCAAAUAAAACAAGUGUUGGCGCUGCAGAAAAAUGUGCCGACGGCUGUGCUGAAUUCAAAGGAGAAGAUUUUGAGAAAUGCAAAGAAGAGUGUGAACUAGAACCCUCCACACAGCUGGCGGGCGAUGGUGAUGGCGCCGAUGACAGAAGCAUAAGAAAAAAGAGGGGCUUUAGGUUUCGUAUUCCUAGGAUUCCGAUCCCCAGGAUUCCAAUCCCAAUCCCCAGGAUUCCAAUCCCAAUCCCAAGGAUUCCAAUCCCAAUGCUCAGGAUUCCGAUUCCUCGCAUCGUUGUGGUCGGAAAAAAGAAACGGUCAGUCGAAUAGCCACAGGAGUAACGGCGUUCUUUAAAGGACGACGCCAAUACAGCGAACAACAGAACGCCAACUUGGAAAGAUGUCACCGUAGACAGCAAAAAAUAUCAUCACAAAACAGCACUUAUAUAUUGCUAUUGAAAGACUUCCAGAUAUAUUGCAAAAUAUAAUAAAUGCGAUUUUCUUACAAUAAAAAGUAUUACACUA